AAUUUUCACUUCCGUCCUCUACAAUCCUACUCCCUCCAUCAAAUUAUUACAGAAAAAGGCUCCAACAUUGUUACAGAAAAUAAAAGAACCCUAAGGUUUCAAUCAGCAAGAAGCCAUGGCCGCUCCCCAAAUCAAAGGAAACAUCGUCGACUCCGACCAGGUUUUGGUAGAAGAGAAAGGAUGCGCGAGCGUACUGACUUUGAACAGGCCGAGGCAGUUGAACGCCCUCUCUUCUGAAAUGAUUUUGAAAAUGCUGAAGCUCUUCACUGCUUAUGAAGAGGAUCCUACAGUUAAGCUGCUAAUUAUGAAGGGAAAGGGAAGGGCCUUCUGUGCUGGAGGAGAUGUAUCAGCAGUAGCCCGUUCUGCUACAGAAGGUCAUUGGACAAAUGGUGCAAACUUUUUCUGGAAUGAGUAUAUCUUGAACUAUAUAAUUGCGACUUACAGAAAACCUCAGGUUUCCAUUCUGAAUGGAAUCGUAAUGGGGGGUGGGGCUGGUGUCUCUAUUCAUGGAAGGUUUCGAGUCGCUACAGAGAAAUCGGUUUUUGCAAUGCCUGAAACAGCUUUGGGCUUGUUCCCAGAUGUAGGUGCUUCUUAUUUUCUUUCAAGGCUUCCUGGAUAUUUUGGAGAGUUUGUUGGUCUGACUGGUGCAAGAUUGGAAGGGGCUGAAAUGCUUGCAUGUGGCCUUGCAACACAUUUUGUUCCUUCAACGAGAUUGGAUUUGCUGGAGGAAUCGCUUGUUAGGGCAGAGAGUUCUGAUCCUUUUACCAUCUGCAGAAUCAUCGACCAGUUCUCAGAACGGAUGCCUGUGAGAGAAAAAAGUGCUUAUAAUAGAAUGGACAUAAUUGAUAGAUGCUUCUCUAAAAGAACCACUGAAGAAAUUUUGGCUGCCCUUGAACAAGAAGCUGUACAUGGGUCUGAUGAAUGGAUUUUGGCUUCAAUAGCGUCAUUGAAGAAGGCAUCACCUAUUAGUCUUAAGAUUACUCUCAGAUCGAUAAGAGAAGGACGAACUCAACAAAUUGGCCAAUGCCUUAUUCGAGAGUACAGAUGGGAGCCGCCUCGAUUGGAUCUGAUAGAAGAUGAUAUGGUAGAUAAAUAUUUCUCAAAGGUCGAUGAUGCUGUGUGGGAAGACUUGAAACUGCCUGGAAGACAUAACUCAAAUUUCCUAUCAAAACUCUGA